GAAAAUCUAUGAUUUAUGUUACAUAUACUAUAGAAUUUACUGGCAGUGAAUUUCGGAACGCAGCAUAAUAAACAAUCAUGGCGUCCCCUUUGGAGAACUUGGAAGCUCAACUUGAGCUCUUCAUCGAAAAUGUACGACAAAUACGUAUUAUAGUGAGCGAUUUCCAGCCACAAGGGCAAAAUGUAUUAAAUCAGAAAAUUCAAGGGCUAGUCAGUGGCUUGCAGGAAGUCGAUAAGUUAAAGUCUCAAGUUCAGGAUGUUCAUGUACCAUUGGAAGUAUUUGAUUAUAUUGACCAAGGAAGAAAUCCUCAAUUAUAUACCAAAGACUGUAUAGAAAAGGCUUUAACAAAGAAUGAGCAAGUAAAGGGCAAAAUUGAUGCUUACAGAAAAUUUAAAGCUAAUAUGCUGGUGGAAUUGAAUCGAGUGUUUCCAAACGAGCUAACUAAAUAUAGAGCAAUUCGUGGAGAUGAAUAAGAAAAUGCAGUUGUAAGGACCAAGCAGAUAAUUAUUCUCAUAUGCUGCCACAUGCAACUUAUUUGCAACUUCAGUUAUGAUCUUAUAACUCUCUAGUAUAAUCAUUAAAAGUUAUAUUGUUCAUAAAUAAUGUCCAUUGUUCUGUUCGUACAUAUAUAUUUUGUAAGUGUGUAAAUAUGUGAUAAAUUUAUAUUGUAUUCCUAUAACUUAAAUCUAUAUUGAGAUACAAUGAUGCGGAAA